AUGGUUCAAUCUUCAGUGACUUCAUUACCUGCCUGCCAAAAUCUUUGUGCCAGUACUCCAGGAUGUCAAGCCAUUGAAUGGGUUCCUAAUAACGGCGUAGGCUCGCAAUGUUUCACAUUCACUUCUUCAGCUGUUCCGACUAUCAGCGCAUCUGGAAUUAACCAUUACAUUUGUUCAGGGACUACCGCGGUCACAUCAACUCCAGGUUGUUCGUGGACUACAUACACCAACCUACAAAUGUUCGGAGGAGUGGUACAACCUUCAGUGACUUCAUUACCUGCCUGCCAAAAUCUUUGUGCCAGUACUCCAGGAUGUCAAGCCAUUGAAUGGGUUCCUAAUAACGGCGUAGGCUCGCAAUGUUUCACAUUCACUUCUUCAGCUGUUCCGACUAUCAGCGCAUCUGGAAUUAACCAUUACAUUUGUUCAGGUUGUUCGUGGACUACAUACACCAACCUCCAAUUGUUCGGAGGAAUGGUUCAAUCUUCAGUGACUUCAUUACCUGCCUGCCAAAAUCUUUGUGCCAGUACUCCAGGAUGUCAAGCCAUUGAAUGGGUUCCUAAUAACGGCGUAGGCUCGCAAUGUUUCACAUUCACUUCUUCAGCUGUUCCGACUAUCAGCGCAUCUGGAAUUAACCAUUACAUUUGUUCAGGGACUACAGCGGUCACAUCAACUCCAGGUAAAAUUACCAUAAAACGUUUGGUGUAA